AUGUCUUUUGGGAAAGUCAUCACUUUGAACACUGGCGCUACUAUCCCCCAGCUUGGGUUUGGGACUUGGCAGAGCCAGCCAAAGGAGGUCGAGACUGCUGUGGAGAUCGCAGUGAAAGCUGGGUACAGGCAUCUCGAUUUGGCGAUAGUCUACGGAAAUCAAGUGGAAGUUGGAGCAGCUCUGAAGAAAGUCAUCCCAUCCGUUGUGAAGCGCGAGGAAUUGUUUAUCACUAGCAAAUUGUGGAAUGCAUCUCAUCAGCCUGCUGAAGUCGAGAAAGAACUGGACCUCACACUCAGUCAAUUGGGCAUUGACUAUCUUGAUCUUUAUUUGGUGCAUUGGCCGGUUGCAUUCGCACCUGGAGAUAAUCUGUUCCCUCAAAGCCCCGAUAAACCAGGCUGGGCUGUGUUGGAUGCAGAGACGACCCUUGUCGACACUUGGAAAGCGGUGAUUGCACUACCGAAAUCAAAAGUCCGUUCCGUCGGUGUAUCAAACUUCAACGCAACUGCUAUUCAAGCUCUGAUCGAUGCUACGGGUGUCACCCCUGCCGUGAAUCAGAUCGAGGCGCACCCGCUGCUUCCUCAGGAUGAAUUGGUGAAAUACCACAAGCAAAAGAAUAUCCACAUCACUGCUUAUUCACCACUGGGGAACAACUCCGCCGGCAAGCCCCUCUUGACUGAACAUAAAGUGGUAAAGGAGGUCGCAGAAAAACUGAGCAGUACUCCUGCACAAGUCCUCCUUGCAUGGGCCGUGAAGCGAGGUAUAGUGUCAUUCCGAAGAGCGUCCAUGAAGCUCGCAUCGUCUCCAAUUUCCAACAAGUGGAGCUGUCAGCUGAAGAUUACGGGAAAGUCAGCGCUAUUGGCAUUGGGAACUACGCCCGAUUCAACAUCCCACACUUGUAUGAUAUUCGCUGGGAUAUUAAUAUCUUCGACGAGCCCGCGGAGAAGGAAGCGACCCACAAGAUCAAAGUUCAAUAAGAGACUUGGUCACAUAUAUACUGGCUCGGCCGGCUACUAUCUUGAUCAUUGUUGUUCUAAAUGCGUGUAUAGAAGCUCUCGGGAAUUGACAACUUGUAGUAUUCCCGUGAAUCACUUAAGCCGAUCAUGAUCCCUUGCGAGUUCCUUUUCCCACGUACCAUUAUGUGGAUACAUUCGAAUGAGUCGGGACUUCUGCAGCCAAGGAACAUGACCGAACCGCCAGCAACUCGAAGGCUCGAUCUGAUGCGGGUCUGGUCGGAUUUGAACAGGGGCGAGGGAAAGGAACAAAUAUUCGCAUUAGUGCAUCAAAUAUACAUCCGUUUGGACCCGGGUUUCCCAGAUCGGAGGAUCGGAGGUUGCGUGACCUUGGUUAUAAGCUCAAACCGGAGAGUGUGGAAGUUGUUCCUUCUCACCACUAACACUCACAAUCGCGACGAAAACAGCCUAGAACGAUGGUACGUAGACCCUAUCGCUUGGUGCGAAGAAGCGAGCUAACAGGUAGCCAAUAUUCUCUGGGGUGCUCAGGGUGGCCUACUCGAUAUUGUGCCGGUAAGCCAUUGGUGUACAGCUGCUUUCGAUAUCGUCCUCGAUCU